GACCUUUUCGAGCUGUCGUACUUCGGAUAAACGCCAAAUUCAAUCGAGUGGUGGCUGUGUCAUCUCAUCAUCUCCAAUCUCCGCCGCUAAGAUCCGUCUCUCAAUCAAUCCUUCUCCGCGAUGGCGGCUAUAUCACUGUUCUGUAGCUCCACCAAAUUCGCCACCACCAUCACUCCAUGGCGGCCCUAACCCUCACUUCUCUCACUAGUUCCUCCCUUCUCAAACCACCCACUCCUAACCUUGCUUUCUUCACCUCCCGAGCCGUUUCCAAACCUCGCUGCUCAAACACAAGGCCCGUCAUUACCGCCAUGGCCGCGACUCUCAUCGCCGUCGCUCCUCCCAAGGUGGUACCCGCCGUAAUCGUCGGCGGCGGCCGCGUAGGCCAAGCUUUACAAGGCAUGGGCACCGGUCAGGAUUACAUUGUGAAGAGAGGCGACCCUGUUCCCGCUGAUUUUGAAGGUCCAAUCCUCGUUUGCACGAGGAACGACGACCUCGAGGCUGUUCUCGAAGCUACCCCAAAAUCCAGAUGGAGCGUUGUUGUUCACGAUGUAGCAGAUUUGGUGUUUUUCCAGAAUGGGAUGCUGGAGCCGUGGCUUGAGAGCAAAGGGCUGGGCGAUUCUGCAGGCCAGGUGCUGGCCUAUUUCGCCGUGGCGAAGCUUGGAGAAUCUCCCACCGAUGGGAAAACUGAUACCAACCCUGAGGGUCUGACCGCUGCGUAUGGGAAAUGGGCGCCUGCUGUUGCCGAAAGGUUGCUCGCCGGUGGACUGUCUUGCAAGGUUCUUGAUAAAGAAGCUUUUCAGAAGCAAAUGCUGGAGAAGUUGAUCUGGAUAUCGGCUUUCAUGCUUGUUGGAGCUCGCCAUCCAGGGGCAACUGUCGGUUAUGUGGAGAAGGAUUUUCGAUUGGAGGUGUCUAGCCUGAUUAAGGAACUUGCCUCUGCGGCCGCUGCUGAGAAGAACAUAGUGUUUGAUGAAAAUAUAGAGGAAAGAUUGUGUGCUUAUGCAAGGGCGGUAGCCCAUUUUCCCACUGCAGUUAAAGAGUUCAAAUGGAGGAAUGGCUGGUUUUAUUCCAUCUCCGAGAAGGCGAUUGCUGGAGGAAAACCUGAUCCAUGUCCCUUGCACACUGCAUGGCUGAAGGAGAUCAAAGUCAUCUAACCAAUUCGCAAUGAGUAGUAAUCAACAGUGUAUUUUAUCCAGUUUAGCUUUCCUCUAGUUAGUCAUAUAGAGAGAGGGUUGAAUCGGGGAAUUUGCCUUGAUUUCUUUGUGUUAGUUGUCUGGUUACUGAAGUACUCUAAUAUAUGAAUCAUUCAAAAUUAUUGCAAGAGAAAUAUCAUAAACCUUUGUUCAGAAGCCAGUUCAAAUACUGGAAUCAAAC